UCAAAAAGCGAUGUUGCACUGUCUGUGUCGGAUUGAGGCAAGUUCAACGCUAAUACGCAAGUGCCGAACUUUUCGAAUCUGCUGCACCCACUUGCUUCUGUAGUUUCUUGUUUAGCUUCGCUUGCUCCCGGUGGAUUCGUCUGGCUACGGGGCUUGUACGCAUUUGAGAGUUCGGAGUGGAUACUGAUUCAGAACGUGGUGGCUUUCCGUGGUGCCUGUGUAUCGUCGAUGUCAACGUAAUUCACCCGUCUAGUUAAACAGACGUUGGCUUGUUAGUUCGCGAUGGCUAUCAGUGUUCAACACUGCACAUCUAGUAGCAUGUAGUCGUCCACUGUGAUGCGUCAAAGCUCGUGCUAGACACCGUACAGGAACGGUAUUACAGACAGCACGUGUACCGUAUAAUGGAGCUGUUGAGAGAGUUCGGAGAUCCUCAAGUCCUGCUGCUCGCCGAAGAUCAUAUCGUCCUAAAACUGGAAACCGCUUGGCCACCGGACGUGACGGUUCCAGGAGGGCUGUCGCUCGCCGACGAUGACAGUCUUCUCCUCGUUUCGAACCAGAAAUCUCUGGUUUCCGCGGUGAAGAGCUCGCUGCUACGUGACGCGAGGGUCUCGAAGGCCCUGUUCUGCGGUUGCGCGUCUUUUGACUCCUCAGAGCGCUACGCUACCGCCGCCAGAGAGCUGCUUCGAAAUACGCAGCAGAUAUGCAUCCUGCACAACAGGGACAAGGUGUACACGCUCGUUCGCAUGCUUCCGAACGUCAGGGUGCUCGCCCUGCCGCACGAUCUCUGCACACACGUAAUAGAAUUUGAUGAGCCGUGCAGGGACCGCUCCGCACCGCUGGUCGAGCGAUGCCAACUGACCCAGCUGAUGGGAAACUUUGGAGGCCUGCGCAGAGGUCUCCUCGCCUUGAGCCCCGAGACUACUCUGGCUCUUAUGCGCACGUGCCCUGGCUUGCGUCGCAUCGACUCCUUGUGGGUCGCAAAAUGCUACAUCGUUCCGUAUGGCUUGGCCACCUCGUCGGAGCAUCGAAGAGCAAGGAGUUUAACCCAUCUCUGGCUCGGCUUGCUUGACAACAUGUCAGGUGGACAGGCGAAGGAUCCAACGAGCCCGUUGAUAGGAGUCGACGUUACGCUUGCUGCAAGAAAAUUUCCGUUCGUCCAGAAUUUGCAGGUGGUUGUGGAAUCGCUGGACGCACUCGUCAAGAUAUCGGCGUUCCGUAACCUCAGCAGUCUCACGGUGGAACUCAGUCCCGGCAUAGCGUAUGGCGACGUGGAUUCGCAACUGCGGAAUAUGCUCGCAAGACUGCCGGGUCUGGAAGAGCUGGCUCUCGAAAGUUGCGGAGGUCUGCGACUCUCCACUAUCUCGAGGCUGUGUCCCAAGCUCAAACUCUUGAGUCUGGAAAGGUGCGUGGGAGCGACGGAAGACGCUCCUGUUGACGGCGGUGCCUUCCCUAAUCUCGGGCACGUCAAUAUGAGUGUGAGCAUCUUGAAGGCCGCAUGGAGAGCAUUCUUGUCUGCCACUCGCGACACGCUGCGCACCGCGCGCUUCGGCCACGACGGCAUGUGUUUGGAGUUCCUGCAAUACUGCGUCCGCUACGGUCGGAACCAGCCAUUUACGCUUCUCGAACACCUGACCUUGAACACCAAACUGUCGCUACGGGAGUUGGAAGUCCAUCCGGAAGACUUGCACGACGUAAUGAAGGCCCUGCCCGCUCUUCGACACCUAGAAACGGACAGCUACGACUUGCGACUGUUCACGGAGAACUACUGCGUUCCACGUGGCCGGGUGUCCCUGUCCUGGAGUGGAUGUGUCCACUGUAACGUCCACAAACCGGAUUUAGCGUUGUGCGAGAAAAUUGCGGCAUUCCUCAAUGACAGUAGGCUCCCUCGCGAGUAGGAAAUACUCCACAGUUGUGCGGUGCGCUGUUUUUGGCGUGUGAGCCUUCCGCAAACGGGUAAAGGACAGCGACAAGCUUCGAACAGCGCGAUUCGGUGGCGAUACUAUGUGUUAAGAGUUCCUGCAGUAUUGUGCGUGGCACGGCCGGCGCCUAUCAUUCCCGCGUCUCAAAGGAGUGCUAUUCGACCCAAAACAGUCACUGCGUGUGUCGCAACUCAAGCCCGGGGACUUGCACCACGUGCUAACGGCCUUGCUCGUGCUUCGCUACCUGGAGUCGGACAGUUAUGACCCGCGGCUGUUCUUCGAGUACUACCGUGCUCCUCGUGGUGGGGUGUCUUUGUCAUGGCGGGAUGGGUCUACUCUGUGGUGCAGAAGCCACAUCUUAGAAAAUUUCACUAAAUUGCGGCAUGUUGGCUUCUGAGGACGAUCACAGUAAGCAAUUCUCCGUAUUCGCCAGGUAGUCACUCUUCAGCACGCGAGUGCUUUGCAAACGCGCGUAGGACGAGCAUCGGCGUAUGUAACUCUGGUGACGGGACUCGUCAGCUUCUCCGUUGAGGCUGAAUGCCAAAGGGACUGCGCUCAAAAAGUCUGUGCGUCCAUGUUUCAUCGUGCCCUGGCGUUCCUUUUCAGAAAGUUAUGUCUCACUGGCACAAACUGGACGUGCCUGCCCAAUAAGUGGGUUCCGUUACGGUUCCCGCUAGGUUUCGCUCCAGAAACGUGUUUUAUCGUAAAAGUCUUGGUGAGUUAGCCUGUUGUGUGAUACGAAUGUUUGAAAUGUGUAUAACUAAAUUGAAGGCACAUUCCCUAUAGGGGUUGCUUCCCAGGAUCAUUUUAAUAAAGUUAUUCGUAUCGGUGUC